AUGGGUUUUCAUCUAGAGUUCUACUUCAUCCUCCUAAUCCUUUUAUGCUCAAUGUUACAGGCAGCAGAAUCUCAAGAAACUAAUUGCGGGGAAGAAGUAUGUGGAAAUGUUACAAUUCCAUUCCCAUUUGGAAUGAAUAGAAGCUGCUAUGCCAGUGACUGGUUUAGAGUAAUUUGCAAACGAACCCAUAAUGGGGAAAAGCCUUUCAUAAGCGUAAAGGGCGUCGAUCUGGAGGUACUGGGUUCCUUGUUCUCCCCAGACACCAUUCUGAUAAAAAAUCCAGUAACUUACGUUAACUGUGAUCAUAAAAAGGACGCUACAGUCAAUCUGGAAGGCACUCCAUUUUUGUUCUCGACUGACUACAACAUGUUCGGGUCCGUGGGUUGCGGGAAUUUGGCUAUUAUUUCCAGUAACGAUGGUGAACCCCUUGGCGGCUGCAUUCAAUCGAGAUGUGGAGACAGGGGUUCUGAACCUGAACCUGGCUGCUUUAAUCAAGUUUUAGGAAAUUUCACUUCAACUAUAGUCAACAUGAGAGCCACGUAUCCUGGCUCUAUUUCCGUGGAGAUGAUCCAUUAG